UAUGCAGGGCGUCUUAGAUAAGCCAGGAGGGCAAAGAAACAGUAUAAAAAGAGCUCAGAGCUCCAGGCUCUCCAUCAGCUCUCUUGCCUUCCUCCUCUUGGUGAACUCGGUUUGCCUCCAUCGCAGAAAGAUGACUUUCUUCCAAGGCCAGUGCGAGGAUGACUGCUAUUCUCCCUGCGGUUACGGGGGCCUGUAUGGCUACCGGGGCUAUGACUGUGGAAGCCCCUGCGGCUACCGGGGCUAUGGGAGCCUCUACGGCUACCGGGGCCUCUAUGGCUUUGGGGACCGCUAUGGCUUUGGUGGGCUGUACGGUUCCCGGGGCUUCUAUGGCUAUGGGGAUGGCUAUGGCUAUGGGGGUCUGUAUGGCGGCUAUAGGGGCAUCUAUGGCUAUGGGGACUGCUAUGGCUACCCAGGCUUAUACAGCAGCCGCUACGGCUACCCCUUCAGUUCGCGAUACGGCCAAAGAUACGGCUACGGGAGCUGCUACCCCUGCUAAACCCAGCGGGAACAUCCCUGAAGUGAGGAUCAACACCGGCCUGGCAAGCAUGGACUGACGGCGAAUCUCAGUGGCGGUGUUUCCUGAUGCAGAGAGCCCCAGCGCCAGCAGCCACCCUUCUGCAGGGGCUUUGAGUGCUCUGCACCACUGCCCAAGUGCUUGAAAUGUUUUUUUUUCCUGCUUUGUGUCUGCUUGCUCUCUUACAUCCCAUAGUCUCCUCUUGACCUGCUGUUGGAUCAAAAAACUUGCUUUUCAUCAAUGUUAUGGUUCUAUGUAAACUCUAGAAAUGCUGCUGCAAUAUCUGGCUUUUAUGUUUGUUGCAGUGAUGUAUUCUGAAUGAAUGGUAUAGGCAGGGUGUAAUGUGUCUUUGGGAAUGUAGUCUUUCUGUUCUGUACACCUUUAAAAGUAUAUCUGCCUUUCGUAUUAAAAGUUAUGCUUCAUCA